AUGGCAGAUACAGCAAGACCCGAGAUCCUUUGCAUAGGCUUCGGCGCACUGGGCGCCAUCUACUCCUAUCUGCUCUCGCAAGGCGGUGCAGGCAUCACGGCUGUCGCGCGUUCGAAUUACGACUUGCUCACCACCACGGGAGUCGACAUCGAAUCGGUCAAGUACGGCUCGAUCCGGGGUUGGAAGCCGGAUCGAUGCGUGCGCGAGUCUGAGCCCGAGAGCGCGCGCGACCGGAGGUUUGACUAUGUGGUGUGUACGUUCAAGAACGUUCCGGACCACAGAAGCGCUAGCGAGAUCAUCCGGCGGUUCUUGCAGCCCGCUGCUCGAGAGGGACAAGCGGCGAAGACGUUGCCGACGAUUGUGCUGCUUCAGAACGGCGUAGGCAUCGAGGAGGAGGUUUCGCGCAAGCUGGUCGAGGAGGAGAAGGUAGCCAAGGGGGUGAUCAGUGCUGUAGCGUGGAUCGGAGCGAACCUGGUCGACGGCGGUAAGAAGGUGAUGCACGGAGGGCUGGAGAGACUCGAGAUGGGCGUGUACCCCGCCUUCGGUCGUGCAACUGCAAGCGACGCAGAGCAAGCGGCGCUGAACGAGUUUGCGCACAUCUACAAGAGCGGCGGCGGCGGCGGGAAAGUCGUUGACGACAUCGAAGCCAUCCGCUGGCAAAAAGUGCUCUGGAACGCUUCCUGGGGUGGGCUGUCGACUCUUGCGCGCCAGCCUGUCUCGGCGCUGCUCACAGAAGACACGCUGCACUACUCGGUUGGUGUCGUGCGCCGCAUCAUGCUUGAGAUCGUCUACGUUGCGCGAGCCUGCGGUCUGACCGAACAACGCUUCCCCAUGUCCUCGGUCGACCAGGCGCUCGACAUCACACUCUCCACAUCCCCGGUCCCCGCCGUCCACGAUCCAGCACGAGGCGGCAACCUCGCCGCCGUCUUCAAGCCCAGCAUCCUGCUCGAUCUGGAAAACGGCCGGCCGAUGGAGUUGGAACCGAUCAUCGGCAACAUUGUCAGCAAGGCGAGACUGCAUGGCGUCGACACGCCGAGACUCGACUUGAUCCUCGCCGCAUUAAAGCCGAACCAGGUCGCGGCGGUGGAGCGCGCAAAUGGCGGCGGGGCGCAUACCGAGAGCGUGGUCAAGUUUUCAGACCUCAAGGCGACGAGUAAGGGCAAUUGGCCAGAGGGGGCGCCUGUCUCGAGGUCGCCGAAUACGUAUGUGUAG